GCUCGCUACCCUCCUCGAAAUCAUGCUGGACACUGUGAGUUACAAUGCGCUCAGCCUGGCGCAGCCAACCAACUUUCGCGCUAUGCUUCAAUCCGGAGAGUUACUCUGGGGUACCUCUUGUAGAAUUUUGAGUGAAGAGGCUGCGAAAAUAGUUGCAACGCUCCCUCAUCAUUUCUGUUUUAUUGACAUGGAACACACGCCAUUGAACGCAACACUAUUAGCCAACUUGAUCAAGACAAUUCAGUAUUACUCAGCUGGAUCGAUGGUUCCCUAUGUGAGAAUCCCAAGCAGUGCUCCGGAUAUGGUAACCCAUGCCCUCAACGCCGGAGCUGGUGGUAUCGUGGUACCCCAUGUCCAAAAUGCAUCACAGGCGGAGGCACUGGUACGUUUAGCCAAGUUUCCAACCCUGGGAGACCGCAGUUAUCCGCCGAUGAUGCUAUUCGGGAAACAGACGCAGACAAAGGAUGGACAAACAGUCUAUGACGUCUGGAACCAACAUGCGGCGGUGUUUUGCCAGAUCGAAGAUGAAGAAGGGGUGCGAAAUGUAGAUGAGAUUGCUAGAGUACCCGGAGUGGAUGCCUUAAUGGUCGGCGCCAGUGAUCUACGUUUCUCGCUAGGGCUCGAGGCCGGCAGUCAAGACGGUGACGAGCCCACCUUUCUUGCUGCGUUAGAGAAGAUUCAGAGAGCUGCAGAUGAGAAUGGUCUGUGUGUCUUGGGAUUUGCAAUGUCUCCAAAAGUGCUUGAAAGAAGGCUAAAACUUGGCUGGAGAGCGCUGAUCAUUCAUGGUGAUGCGCCCGGAAUUGUCAAUUCGGGUGCAGAGAGUCUGAAAUCAAGCCUGAAAGUAGCCGAAUUAGUCGGCAAUCCGAGCGCCAAUGGGAGCUUGAGCUAG